AAAUAAUAAAAGUGUUCUUGGAAAACCAAUAUUAUUUUUCAAGUUACAUAUGAAAAAAGGGUGAAUUUAUCUGGUCUUCGUUAUUCAGUAAUACGUAUGUAGUAUGAAACCAUACACACUCCUAUUCUUCCUGCUGUAUUCAGAUUAUGGAGGACAAGGAUUUGAAUGGUUUAAACCUGGUAAUAACGAAUAUACCAGUUUGAGUGGUUGUAACAUUGAACUGAUAUGGAAUUUACUGAUAAAAGACCACACAACUACAAUAACUAAGGUUGAAAAACCAGGAUAUGGGUUAAAUGAUGACAAGAGAUACGUAAUAAACACUAAAGAAACCGAACAAGGACAAGAUCUAUCUAUGAUCAUCCCGCAUGUCACAGUACCGGACUCUGGUGUAUAUAGGUGUACGGUUGAUAAUAUACCGAGGCAUAAAGAUAUAAACGUUACUGUUACGGAUUUCAAAUGGAAUUCUGAUAAAAAGUCCAUAGAAGUUCAAGAAGGGGAGGAUAUUAACCUAGAAUGGAAGUAUGUAACCCAGGCUAUAUUCAAACAUAUUUUAGUAUAUAGAAUACCGUUUGAAGAAAAUUCCAGAAAACAAUGUAUUGGGAAUUUGACAGCAGAUCAUAUCGACAACCAAGGGGAGAGACAUGUUGGCAGGACAUACGUAACGUUAAAUAAAAUUAAAGAUGGCUACAGUGCGAUAUUAACACUUCUUAACGUAACUGAAGACGAUGUAAAAUAUAAUUACUUUAUAGAGUUGGUAUACAGUGAUACUUGUUCGAUGAUAAGAGGACCAACUUUGUUGAAUAAGGCUUCCAAAGUAUACAGUGAAACACCAGUUAUCAAAGUUCGACGUCAUGAAGAUAUCAAUUUUGUAUGGAAUUACGAGUAUAUAUCUCCUGUGGUUAAAGUAUUAUUCACCCGUAGAACUCACGAAAAUAAGAUUGAUAAGAUAGGAUAUUGGCACGAAGGCGAGUUUGAAUCAACUAUGGCAGAUGGUGAAAGUAGACUGAUAUUUAACAAAACGGAACGAAAUAUUACCAAUGGUUCUGGAGGACAGAUUACUUUAACGUUACGUGAUGCAGCAAGGGAAGACUUUAAUUAUUUCUAUAUAUGUCGUAUUAUCUUUCAUGAUAAAGAAGAAAGUUCUUGGAAUAUCCUACUGGAAGAACAAGAGGAUGCUUCAUUGUCCACCGGGGAAGUUGCUGCUAUAGCUGUGACUGUUGUAGUAGCAGUAGUAAUACUGGUAAUAACAAUAGUAAUAGUAUUGUCCAGACGAAAUGAAUUGGUCAGACGAAAAAUACAAACUUUCACAGGGGGAAACACUCAUAAGACAAAUCAGGCGGAGUCGAUUCUACUUCAAGAAAAUAACAGAAGAUCCGAAUAUGAAGCUACAGUAGACGGAGUACAGCAACGGUUACCAUAAAGUUAAAUGCUUCAAAAAGUUCAGAUGAAUAGUUUAAUGUUUAUUAUUUAUAUGUUUUUAAUUUUAUUUACUAAUAUGUGAUAUAUUAAUCCCAUUUCGUUUCUUUUUAUGUAUUAUUACCUAAUGUAGGGCGACCCAUGAUCAGAAAAGUAUGUUCUUUUACGAUAUGCCGACGCACAUGUAAAAUGCAUGUUUAACUGAUUAUGAAAAGAUCGACGUCCAUGAAUUGUUGGACGAUUAGCCUAAUAGUGGUUUCAUUUCUUUAUAUCCGCAGACAGGUCUGUUUAUAUGGGAGAGAGAAAGAGUUCUAAUAAUUUAAUACCCUUAAUUUUAGUCACACAGAUACAUAAAAUUUAGAACAUUUUAGAACAAGUUUAGCUUGAUACUUCAAGUAAUUUUGAAAUUAUUGUAACAUAAUCAGAUCAUCUAAUAACUGUGGAUUGGACUUCUUUAAUUCAGCAAGACGGUAACAAACAUUACACUACACUACAUGUAUAACAACCAAUACACAUUAUAAUAUUGUAAUCUUUACGGCCAUCGUCUUAAUUCACGUCUGCCUCCAUGGUUCUGUGUUGAGCUACUCAACUCAACUAACUAAACUGACUUCAUCAGAAACCUAUACCAAUUUAUAGGUGAGGUAUGAAGUUACAUAUUAUUAAUAUGGAAUAAAAAUAAUUAUGAUGACAGCUGAAUACUAAUAAAUAAAUAAAUGAAAGGUCGGCGGGUUCUCCGACAUGACCAUUUCAAUAUGGCAGUAGCUUAUCUUAACAAUAAUCAUAUCGAUGUUAGAAACAGCGGUUAGGUCAAAAGGACAGCAGAGAUUUCACCCUUUGUUACAUUAUUGACAUUUUUUUUUUCAUUUUUCUGGGCGCACCGGUUUAGACCAAUCCACCUCGGAAAAAUGUCUACAAAAUCUUUCUUUAAUAGUCGGAAUUUUUGGAAAAUAUUUUGGAUCGAGAGGUUUCAUAAGGCAACACUUCCAUGAAAAAAACUUAAGAGCCAAAUAAUCGUAGCGCGAAUCGUGAUAGUGAGAACCUAGAAUAUUAGCGUUAAUCAAGUCGUUAUGAAUAAUAAAACAAAUAAAAGUCCGUACAUAUUUACAAUAUUUUUAAAAAAAAAAAUAAACUUACAUGAAUCUUAAUUUGAAUUGAAACCUCCGGAGAUGUUUAGAAACCUAUGGCUAUUAAUAAUGUCAAGAUUGACAAGAAUUUAUUGCCAUGUAUUUCUAUAUAGUUCGGGGAUAUUUCUAUCCCCAUUUUAGCAUUUUCUGUAAAAAAAACCUUUCACAUUUAUGUUUAUGCAGUGUUUCGUUUCGUAACUUGGUUAAAAUAAGUUCAAAUAAUUACAAGAUGUUUGAUUUAGAUUGAUCAUUAUAUAACUGUGAUCGAAGAUAGUAUUAAAAUGAGGAUAUGCCCAUAGUGUGUUAAUUUCCUUUUUUGAAUAAUUUAUUAAUUGUUAAUAAAAUCCUGUUUACAUAUUUGUAUCUUUUUUUCCGAUAAAUUAUUUGUGUUUUUUAUAUGUUCAUUAGAGUAUUGAAUAAAAUCAAAUCCGAACUACUUUUUGUUUUUCGAUUUCCUAUUUCUACUUUUAAUUUUUUAUUUUGAAAAAUAAUUUUUAAUUUUGUAGAAUAAUUUUUAAUUUUGUAGAAUAAUUUUAAUUUUUAAUUUUGUAGAAUAAUUUUUAAUUUUGUAGAAUAAUUUUUAGUUUUGUAAAUUAAUUUGUAAUUUUAAACUUUUAUAAUUUUGAACUUAUAAUUAAUUUUAUAUUUUGUAUUUUAAUUUCCAUUUUGUAAAAUAAUUUAUAAUUUUGUUUUUUGAUUCCUUGAUCAUCAUCGUGUCAUGUUGCUCGCCUGUGCGACGUAGCCUUGAGAUGCCUCUCCGCUAUACGCCCGAGAUUUAGGGACGGUUUUUAAACUUUCAUGAUAAAAAUAAUUUUUAAUUUUGUAGAAUAAUUUUUAAUUUUGUAGAAUAAUUUUUAGUUUUGUAAAUUAAUUUGUAAUUUUAAACUUUUAUAAUUUUGAACUUAUAAUUAAUUUUAUAUUUUGUAUUUUAAUUUCCAUUUUGUAAAAUAAUUUAUAAUUUUGUUUCUUGAUUCCUUGAUCAUCAUCGUGUCAUGUUGCUCGCCUGUGUGACGUAGCCUUGAUAUGCCUCUCCGCUAUACGCCCGAGAUUUAGGGACGGUUUUUAAACUUUCAUGAUAAAAAUAAAAGCAAUAGAUAAAUUAUUUGUCUUUGUUUAUAUAAUCAUUAAAGUAUUAUUAAAAUUAAAUCCGUAUGAUGGUUUAUUAAAACAAAAUCUGUAUGAUGAUUAAAUUAUAAUUUUUAAACUUUCAUGAUAAAAAUAAAAGCAAUAGAGUUGAGGGAAUGGUGGAUUUGGAUUGCCCUUGAACCUUGGUAAACAUGUUUGUAUGUCUCCCGCAACUGCUCGAGAAUGAAUGGGUAAACUGCAUGUUGUACAAAUUAUUUGUAUCUUUUUUUUUCCGAUAAAUUAUUUGUCUUUGUUUAUAUAAUCAUUAAAGUAUUAUUAAAAUCAAAUCCGUAUGAUGAUUUAUUAAAACAAAAUCUGUAUGAUGAUUAAAUUAUAAUUUUUAUACUUUCAUGAUAAAAAUAAAACCAAUAGAGUUGAGGGAAUGGUG